AUGGACAAUGGACACCUUCGUCGAGUGGCUUACCGGCUACGACAAAACAAUUCUUCAUUUGAGAGGUUCCAUCUUCCGCUUGACGAUCUGUCCAACGUGACUGAUUUCACCCGAGCUCUGGCGUCAAAUUCUACCGUAAAAGAGGUAUCUAUCUUUUGCGAGUUUCUCAUGGACGAGUCCUGGCUAUCACAGGAAGUAUGGAGAUUGUUUCGAACCUUGGGACGGUUGCCCAAACUGGAGCGGAUAGUCUGGGAUUUUAUUGGUUCCGAUGGUGAUAAGCUCCCAGUUUCGUUGCUGGCUGCCACCAUUCGAAAUGCCUCCAAGCUCCAAGUUCUGGAAUUGUCGUGCGUUCACUUGACGGGGAGUCUGGAUGAUUUUCAAACUUUUUCCCAAGCACUCCGGCAAAAGCCAAAGCUACAGAAACUGCACAUUUACGCCUGUUAUUUGAGUGAAGAAUACCGAGAUUCUUCCAGGUACAUUCUGGGCCCUGUUUUGGAGGAAAUGGCUCGACUGCCUAAUCUGCAGGAUGCUCUGAUCACGGCGUUGGACUUUAAUUCGUUGGGACGAUUGUCCAGUGAGAGUUUGGGAAAUCUGUUGCAUUUGAGCCCCAAAUUGAGAAACCUUGUGCUGGGAGAAUUUGCGCUGGAUGACCAGCACCUAGUGGCCAUGUCCGUCGCCCUGGAGAAUAAGAGGACCCUGAAGGAAUUGAGUUUUGGUUGUGAGCUGGGAGCGCCAGGAGCAGAGGCUCUGUGCAACAUUUUGAGGUCCAAUAGCAAUGUGUCUUCGCUGGAAACUCUUCAUGUGCACCUUGCUUAUCUGGAUGGGGGCGAAGGGCACCAUGUUUCUAUUGCAAAUGCACUCCGGGAAAAUGAUGUGUUGAAACGGUUUUCCCUCUUUGGCAGCAGCGGGAAUCUCACAAACAACGCAUUCCAAGCCUUUGUCGAUAUGAUGGAAACCAAUUAUACCCUGGAAGAAGUGGAGUUUCAAGAUGAAAACGAGUCUCUUCAACCUCAGUUGGACAUGUACUUGAAACUCAACACUCAAGGUCGAGCAAAACUGCUAAAAGACGAGACUUCGACCCGUCAGGAUUGGAUCAAUGCACUAUUGGAGCUACGUGAAGAUUUAGACUGUGUGUUCCAUCUGAUAUCACUUAACCCAGCCAUUUUAUCACCGGAGGACAUAAACCUCACCGGGAGAGGUACCAAGAGGAAGCUGGAGUUUUCCGACGACGAAGAUGGCGAUGACGAGGAUAGUGAUGACGAGGACAGUGAUGACGAGGAUGAUGAUGCUUGUACUAGUAGUUAUAGCGAUGAUGACCUCAGCUCAUAA